UCAUCCCUAAAGGCGGGUCUUUUGGAAUUUAACCCCACAACCAUUGAAGAGGUCAGAAAAGAGUACGGGUUAGAUAAACCGGGAAUGAUGGAGCAGGCUAUUGAUAUUUUGCAUGAGUGGAUACAAAAACAGGAGCAUUUCGUAAAAAAGGACUUCUGUAGAGAGUAUUUAGAACGUGUCAUCAUUUCCACGAAGGGCUCAUUGGAACGCGCUAAAGCAAGAGUGGACAAAAUGUGCACUUUGCGCACUCGUGUGCCGGAAUUGUUCUCGAAAAUCAAUGUUAAACAAGAUUUGCCACACCUUUCUCAGUCAUACAUAAAUGUCUACAUGCCAAAACUCACUGAAGACAAUUACAGAGUUUACGUUGUACAAAUUAAAAACGACAUUACUACGGCUAUUCUGUCAGACUCUUUUAGACAUAAUAUGAUCCUAGCAGAGUAUUUAAAACGAAAUGACUAUGCCAAUGGUAUCAUUUGCGUCGUAGAUGUCAGGGAAAACAACAUUUUGGAUUUAGUCGCUCAAUUUAACAUUGUGGAUUUGAGUAAUGUGUCUGUUAUGUAUACGGAGGGUUUUGGGUUUAGAGUCAAGAAAGUAUUAAUCUUAUCUUCAUCCAAAGUUAUCGACUUAUUUGCUGGAGUUCUGAAGCGCGUGGUUAGUGCCAAAAUCGGAGAACGGAUUGAAGCUAUUAACACUGUGGAAGAUCUACAUAAACAUCUGCCUACGGAACUGCUACCAGAAGAUUAUGGGGGCCAGCAAAAAUCUUUAAUUGAACUUUAUGACCAAUGGACUGAAGAACUAGCGUCUAAAGAGAACAUAGAAUAUGUGAAAGAGAUGACUCAAGCUCGUGUCAAUGAAGAAUUUCGUCCGUCUGGCAAAUGCGGUGACGAGUAUCUAGGGAUUCCCGGAACGUUUAAAACUCUUUGUGUUGACUAGACUAAACUGCAUUUUG